AUGAUUGAGGCUAGGCAUGCAAGGACGCCAUCGGGUUCCGGCCCUGUCUCGGCCCAGUUCGGUCGGAGCGCGUCAACGUCGUCGUCGACGACCGCGGGUACGCCAAUGGCGAGGGCCGGAUCACUGACGGGUGGGCCACUCCAAACGUACGACGAACGGCGGCCUUCCUUCCUCGAUGUCUCGGCACUAUCGCCUGCCGAGCACACCACCUUCAUUAAGUGGCUGGGCAACAUCAAACCCUCGCCGAGUGGGGAGCCUGAACAUAUCGAUGAGCAGGACGCCCUCCGAUUUCUCAGGCAUGAAUGCGCCAUCGACAUGCGCGACGAGAUCAAGAUCCUGUCACUCUUUGACCGAUUUCCUCUCGGUUUGCUGCCGGGUCACUUUUUCGCGCUGUUGCGUCUGGCCGCUUGGGUUCAACGGGGCGAAGAGCCGACAAAGGCCGCCAUUUUCACCCAGGUGAAUCCGCCCAAGAUAGGCCUCAGUUCGAAAAGCAUUCAGCCCCCGCCGCAACACGUCGCUGCCUCCUCCACAGCCAGUGCUCCCCUCCCUCCCCCCUCUCCUCCAGCAAGGCAGCGAAGUCUGAAGUCUUCUCCUCCUCAACAACAGCAACAGCAGCAGCAGCAGCAGCAGCAACCAACGCCCUCACGCUCCGUCGCUCCCCCACCCACAAUCGAAGUGACUCCUGGAGCUACAGAGCAGGCCCGAAAGCCCUUGCAGGCGCCGUUGGUACCCGUCGCACCAUCGAUGAACCAAGCUGCGCUCCCGUCGCGACCACCACCAGUGCCCGACGAGACGACGAAACCCAACAAUCCGUUCAGAUCGUCCUCGCAGCAGCAGCACCCUCCAGCACACGCGGGCGCUGCUCCAGUGGCGGCGACGGCAGGGACUUCACCAUCGAAUGCCAUGCUGGGAAGCGCUAUCCUUGGCUUCGAUCCAGCGCCCAACCCUUUUAAGCAGUCCAAGCCGAAGCUUGUCCGGCCCACACCCAUUGUGGCCAAUGCCUCGACGCAGGUGCUGGGAAGACCUUCGCCAGCAGUGAAUCCAUUCAAAUCUGGUGCAUCCGUCUCCUCUUCGCAGGGCUCCCCCGUAUCGGUGAGGUCCAACAACGACCUGCCUGCCCUCCCACCGAGGUCCACGACGGCUGCCGACCUCAGACCGCCACCGCCGCUGCCGCCUCGCCACAUCUCUCCCCUCAUCCAGGCUGGUCUCAAUGCUCGAAGCGAGGUCCGGAAGAAGAAGGAGGCGCUUCCCCCGAAGACGUUUACCGUGCUGCAGAGCAGUGGCUCCAGGCAUCACAACGAGCCUAGGCUUCUCACCGGUCAAGCUGCUCAGCCGCCGCCACCUCCGCCGCCGCACAAGAGGCGGAGUGUGGGCACAGAGCAUCGGCGAAGCGUCACCGAUGUGCCGCCUCCUUCUGCCUAUCGAGGCGCUACCUCGGGCGCAUCCGUCGCCAGCAGCGACCGACAAGACAGAGAGAAGAGGCCAGCGAGCAGCAAUGCGACACGUACGGCCGCGGUGGCGCCAUCAUUGGAAGCACCCUCGAAGCGAGCAGGGCCUCUGCCUCCCACGAUUGCGCCUAAGCCCAGCUACGGGGGGAAGGGAAAGAGCAGCCUGCCAGCCUGGCUCCAGGAGCAGGAGGAGCUACAGCGAGGAUCGCUGCACGAGCACCCUGCUGCUUCCCUUGGCCACUCGGUACCAACCCACCACAGCCCUUCUUCCGGUGCAGGAGCCGAAGGCACAAAGUCCAAGAGGCAUCACAAGACUGCUGCAUCACAGCGUAUCCAGUUCCUCGACAAUGACUCAGACUCGGACUCGGACGAGAUCAGCGAGCAGGCCCGUAGUGCCGCUUCCAUCGACCGAAACAAUCCCUUCUUUCCUCCCCACGCCCGUGACAUUGAGCGGGGUGUCGAUUUGUCGGAGCCACUCUCGAAGCUGGCCGUCGCCAAUGCCGUCGCCGCCGCUGUCAGAGACGGGCCAGACGGACAAGACAACCGGCCUCUGGGCCGAUCAAAGACGCUGCGAGACACGUACCGAGGAGGGGCAGUUGCGCCACCCCCGGCACCUCCGCCGAGAAGACGGUUGGAUUCGCUGCCCGGUCCGGCCACCUUCAAUGCCGGCACCUACCCAGGCUUUGGCAAGUCGGUCCGUGUGGACGGCCCCACAGUCGGUGGCCUUCGUCAGAACCCGCAGAGCAAGAAGGCAGAGGUGGGCAUCCCGCCCGAGAUUCUCGCCGAACGGGAAAAAGCAGCUGCCGAUAAGCAGCGUCACGAGGGUCUUAUCGGCCAACGAACGCCGUCGGCUCCCUUGCCACCGCCCAGACGGCGUCCGAGCUCGGUGAGCGCAGAGAGUGGCAGCAGCGCAGCCGUGGCCACUCCCGCAUCGACAUGGCAAGACCAAAUUGGCACGAGGAGCGCCAGCUUCUCCCAGCGCAUGGGCGAGAUCCUUGGUUUGUCCAAUGGGGAGGACGGCAGCUCCUCUACCAAGCUUGACUCGCUGCGACAGGACUUCAACUCAGUCGCGGAGCGCCACGAGUGGCUGGCCAGGGCAACGGAACGAGCAAAGGGGAGGCCACUCAACGAGGCUCGCGUCGGUCUGAUGGAUGAAACGGAGAACUACCAUGACGCGCCGGAUGUGGACGGCGUCGGACUCCAGGAUGACCCACGACGGGCGAGCAUGACGACGCCACGGGCCGGUGCGCCGAUGGCCCGACGGGCACCAUCGAUCGGUCGCAGUGCGGGUAAUCCCCUUGUCAGGCGUACAUCGCUACUGUCCCGGCCGAGCGUCGGACCGUUUGACGACGAGGAGGGCGAUGGGAGCGCCCUCGUCGUCGACGAAGAAGAAGAGAACGACGAUGACGAGGAUGACUUCCAAGAAGGAGAGGAAGAAGAAGAGGAAAACGACGUGGGCCCAGACGUAGACAAUCACAGUGGGAGCAGCAAUACCAAGGUGCGCGAGAGCCUCGAAGAGGAGACCCGGCGCCGGCGGAGGAGCAGCAGCAGCACGAGGGCCAACCGGGUUGCCUCGGGCGACAAGCACACCGACAUGGCCGCCGCUCCCGUCAACGGCGGAUGGCAGCAGCUGUCGUGA